AUGGUAUUAAGGAAGGGGAGAGAGAUAAAUGAGGAAGAGAUACAAACUGACAAUGAGAGGGUUGCUGUGGUGCCAACAACAGCAGAUUAUUCAACAGAAGUUGGUCAACCAGUUUCUGAUGGUGAAGUUGUGAAGAAAGAACAGACAAUGGUUAACACAGAAUAUGAAGGGUGCAUUGGAGUUGAACAGACAACUUUUGAGGAAGUUGCAGGGAAUAAUGUGAAGGAACAAUUUUGUGAGGAGGAAAAGAAAGUACAUUGUGAGGAAACACCAAAUACUCCAGACCUUGUUUUCAGUUACAGUAUAACAAGAGGAUGUGCUGAUAAACUUUACAAAAAGGUGGUUCCAGCUAGAUCAAAUAAAGCCCAGUGUAAAAAUUUAGAUUUACAUAUUUGCAAACCAACACCAAAAGCCGAGGCAUGUGAACUAGUCUAUGAUCAUCCAAAAGGUUCAAAGAAAAGGAAGGAGAUUGAAGAUGAAUCUAGUACAAGGGAAAAAUACCCAGUCAAGAAAGCUAGGACUGACAGCUGCUCACAAAGCUUUACAGAACAGCGCUAUUAUAGUAUUAUGAGAAAAUUGCGGGAGGAACAGCCUUUCUCCUUCAGUCAUUUCUUUGGUAUUCCAUUUAAAGUAUACCAUACUCCUGAACUAUUUGAUCCCUCUGACAUGACAAGAUUUGUACAUGUAGUCAUCCUUAGUUAUGCUAUGCAAAUCAUUUUUGACUCUCAUUCAGAAAAUCAAAGUAAUUUCAAUGAAGAUCAAGAGGAUGUUACAGACAGAUCUAAGACAACUUAUUACGAUUUAGACCUACUGAAUGUGAAUGAAAACAAUCAACAAUUGAAUCAUGAUUUAGAAAUGUUGAAUGAUGGCAACCAUGAUUUAGACCAGUUGAAUGAUGGCAACCUUUAUGUAGACCAGUUGAAUGAUGGCAAUGUUGAUGUAGACCACUUGAAUGAUGGCAGCCAUGAUUUAGACCAUUUGAAUGAUGGCAACCUUGAUGUAGACCACUUGAAUGAUGGCAACCUUGAUUUAGACCACUUGAAUGAUGGUAACCUUGAUGUAGACCACUUGAAUGAUGGCAACCUUGAUUUAGACCAGAUGAAUGAUGGCAACCUUGAUGUAGACCACUUGAAUGAUGGCAACCAUGAUUUAGACCAGUUGAAUGAUGGCAAUCUUUAUGUAGACCAGUUGAAUGAUGGCAACCUUGAUUUAGACCACUUGAAUGAUGGCAGCCAUGAUUUAGACCACUUGAAUGAUGGCAACCUUGAUGUUGACCAGUUGAAUGAUGGCAACCUUGAUGUAGACCACUUAAAUGAUGGCAACCAUGAUAUAGACCACUUGAAUUAUGGCAACCUUGAUGUAGACCAGUUGAAUGAUGGCAACCAUGAUUUAGACAACUUGAAUGAUGGCAACCAUGAUUUAGACCACUUGAAUGAUGGCAGCCUUGAUGUAGACCAGUUGAAUGAGGGCAGUCAUGAUUUAGACCACUUGAAUGAUGGCAGCCUUGAUGUAGACCAGUUGAAUGAGGGCAGUCAUGAUUUAGAUCAAUUCAAUAAAGGUAAACAUGAUGUAGAGCAGUUGAAUGAUGACAACAAUGAUUUAGACCAGUUACAUGAUAAUCAAUGUAUAGUACAUUCAAAUGUUGACAAUCUUCAUACAAAUCAGUCUAAUAUAGAUAAACAAUAUCCUCAGCAGUCUGCAAGAAAAUCUAAAACAGGGAAAAGGAAGUUCAAUGCACUCGGAUGUAAAGUAUCAGACAUAUCAUCUGUUGAAAGUACAUCAGAAAGUGAAACUGUUGAUUCACCACAAGAAGAAACAAAGUCUAAGAAAAGUAGAAAAAAUACACAUUUUGAAAACAAUCGUCCAAACCAAGAUGUUAAAUAUGACAUGAAAGGAAAAUGUCCUGUAAGAGGCAAUGGGAGAAUUAAAAGGUUAAGCAGAAAGGAAAGUGUACCACAAAAUACUCAUGAAUCUACCACAAAAAGUCAUGAAAUGCAUGCACAGGCAGGUGCCGUAGGACCACCACCUCUGAACAAACCAAACUUUGCCAUUAUAACAGAUUCAGGGGCUAACAAUGAAGGAGUGAAAAGUGAUCAUAAUCAUAAUAUGAUUAUACUAAAUUUAAAGAAAAAGGUCAGUAGUAAAGCAAAACCUGCAGUUGCAAAUGUGCAGUUGGAUAAACAGCUUUCUGUAACACCAAGACAUCAUGAAACACAUGCAAAAGAUAGGAGACAACCCCCUCAGAAAAUCCCAAACUUUACUUUAAUUGAUCCAGAACUUUUUAAGGAUAGCGCUGAAGAACAGAAAACUGCUCAUGAGAGAAUUGUACUGAAAUUGGUAAAAAAUGGAGGAAAAUGGGAACUAAAGAAAGACCCGCCUGACUCUAAUGAUUAUGUGGAAGAAGGUGAUGAAGAAGACAAUGAAAAAACAUUGCUGUAUGGGUUUGAUGGUCCUUACGGAAAGAUUGUCAAGGAUUAGAACAAAAGCAAGCCGAGCAUAAUUUCUUCGAAUGAUCAAAAUUAAUGUUGAUGACAAUUGGAUGCUUUUCGAAAUAGAGUGGACUCCUCUCAGAUGCAGAUGAGAUGUUCAUAUACUAUAUACUUCUUCUUACUAUGUAAAUUAUUUUCAGACGUACUGAUUUAAUUUACUCCUAACCUGCUGGAACUUAAAGCAUUACACAACUGUGCAGUAUGAUAAAAGCUAGACUUUUUCAUUUUGGUGUAUUGAAAACGUUUCAACUUUAAAUGGACUGUUUUAAAAUUGAAACUAGAGCAUUAAAGUCCAUUAUGCAAGUUCAGCAGAUUAAGGGCUGAAUAUAAUGUAUUGAGAACUGCUAGCGUUAAAGAUCUUUAUGGAAAUUUAGACCAUUUCAACUUCUGCUCCUGAUUUUUGUGUAUGAAGUAUUGUACAUGAUUAAGUUGACAGGAAUAUUAUGUUUGAGAGCUGAAGCUAUAGGAUAUAUUAUGCUAGCAUUACAGAUAAUUGUGUAACUUUAUAAUACUGCAUGUUUGUAAUGAAUUGUUUUUCAUUGAAUAAUGGUGAUGUUUAUAUAGUUUUAUAUACACAGCUGCUGUCAGUUUAUUAAGGAAUCAGCUUUACUUUGAAAAAUGAAGUUUUCUGUAUUAUAAAUUUGUCAUAAAGAUUUCUAAAAGGUUAUAUAGCUGUAUAUAAACGGUUAUUUGCAAUAUAACCCUUAUGUAGCGGCUCAGCUUAUAUAAUUAUAAAAACAACUGUUUAUAUAGGACCAUAUAACCUGUCAAAAUUCUGUAGGACUAAUAAUAUAUACACGAUCUACACAAGUUGUAUUUGUUUUGAGUCUUCUUUACAUGUGGAAGAAAAUAUUUUAAAGUGAUGUUAUGCCCAAUUUUUUGCUGACGAGUUGAAUCAGUAAUAUUUUUCAAAAGAUUGUUAAUUAUAAUUAAGUGCUUGACCGAUAUUUGAUAAUGAAAGAUAUUAAGGAAAAAAUACAAAAACUACCUAAAAUAUAAUUAUAAAAAAACUGCGCCGCUUUUUAAAAAAAAUUUAUCAAUACAUAUUCUGAGCAAUAUUUAUAAAAAAUUUCUGUGGGUUAAGUGGAUUAUUGAUUAAUUUUGCAUAGUAAUAUAUUAAAUUGAACACAAUUAUGGAAAAAGGUAAAGUUAAUUUUAUUCUAGACUUUUACCAAUGCUCUUGCCAUUUGCACUUUGAUGAGCAUAACACCACUUUAAAAUGUGCCUUGGCAUGCUCUUUGAGAAUUUUUUGGACAAGUUUGAUCAAAUUGUUGAAAUAUUUAUCCUUUUUAUAUUAUAUGAUGAAGUGAAACCCAGAUGCCAAGCAACAGCAAUAACUAUUGUUUAAUUAAAGUGAAAUUUUCAAUUUGUCAAGAAUUGUACAAGAAUUUUAAUACAUUUUUAUUUUAUUUUUUGUAGAUAGUAAAAUCUUUAAUAAGUGUUGUAUAAUAAAGAAUCAUGGUUAACUGAAUGUAUUCCAGAAAGCUAAUUCUGUGAUUUGAGAUAGAGAUUGAAAUUUUAGACUUACAGUUUUUGUUUAUUAUAAGAUUUGGUAACAUUAAUUGAUUUUUAAAAAAAGUUUUAUUCAACGCAACUUCCAGUCUUGAACGAACUGUUUAUAAAUGUUAGAAUUACGCAUAACAAUGUUUUAAUUGCAUGUAAAAUUUUGUACAUAUACAUGUAUAUGUUGAUAGUUAUUGAUUUUUUAAUGUUCGUACCUUUGUUUUUGUACAACUAUACUAGAGAAAUAUAACUAGUCUAUGCAAAUUAAAUAAUUAAGAUUUACUGUGGUCAUCUUUAAUAAAAUGAAGUACUUUUAUUGCAGAAAUUUAUUGAAAUUUAAAAUAUUCUUACUGAAAAUGUCAAAGUUGAGUAAGUAAAUGCAAAACUAUUUUUUUUGGGACGCACCCUACACAAUAUCUCAGGUCAAGUUAAUUUGUUGUUUUUAAACAAAAAAAAGCACUGCCAAUUUUUUUAGUGACAUUUACAAUAUCUUCAUACUGUGUUUUAGACAUAAUUAUCUACUCUGUUGAAUUUGAAUGGUGCAAUAGAAUAUUAUGAGAUGCCAGUGUAUAUAGUUUCUCCCGCUUGCCCUUUAAGUAUGAACCUUGUAUGUUAUGGAGAUUCAGUCGCCAGUAUAAAACAUAUCAGAUUCAAUGUGUCUAUGCAUUCAUACUUCUUUCUAAAUUGUUCUCAAGAAGCUAUGAAACUAUGUGUACAAAUUGUAAAUUACCCACUAAUGCUAUUUACCUUGUUUUCUUCUGUGAGAAAAUGGAGAGUAUCAGAUCUACAUUAUGGUCCAUCCUGUAACAUAUGUUAGGCAUAUGUUCCCUUUCACCAGAAUCACAACUUUUAGAAAUGUUUAAGAGGUUUUGAUUCUUUUGACAUGAACUAUAGCCUGAGAGUAUCACGUUUUAAGGUGUUCCUGGCCAGCGUCUAUAACAUGGCUACCUGAACAAUGUAUAAACUGUGAUAUUAGCAGAUUGUGAAUAACUUCAUUACAUUAAGUUAUAUUGAGUUAUGAAUGUGUACAUAAAGAUUUAAUACUGAAUGUUACAUAUUUUCUAUUAUUUAUUGUUGUUUUAUGAAUUUUCCUAUUAUAAAUGUACAUUUUUGUGAUAUCAUUACUCUCUGUUCACAAGACAACUAACACUCCUUAAUGUUUCGUUUUCGUUUAAGGUUAUCGAACAGGUGUUGCUUAAUUUAAAUCAUAGACAAUGUAGAUUAUAGAUAGUUGUUUUCACAAGUGCCUUUAUAUUUAUAUAAAAACAACAACUGACAUGGCUUAAACACAUCUUAAUCGCCUUAAUAAUUUUGUUUCGGUUAAGGUUAAUUUCUUAAUGUGUUUUUGGCAUUCAUAUAUAUAUUAUAAAAGUUAUUAUUCCUUUCUUAUUCAUUGU